CUCCGAUAGCUUGGCAGCCAUGAUGGUUUUGUGAGAGAGUUUGGUCGACAUAAAGACAACAGGAAAUGCUGAUAUUCUCGUCGUUUCCUCCGAAAUGUCGGAGAUCAGGGUAAAAUAUUAUGAUAUUUACGGAUCUCUGCUGAGUGCCGUUUUUACCAAGUUGUGACCACACUUGAGGGAGUUGUGCAAUUGUUUUAACCUGCAGAUACCAUAUAUUUAUUUCGCUGAUUUCUGUCUGUGAACAUUUAAUGCCCAUUAGUACUUGUAUGUGAUGUUUGUCUAAGAAAUGAACAUGGGUCAGAAGGUGUCAGGUGGUAUAAAGACAGUUACGUCUAGAGAGACUACCUACAAGGCACUUUACAAAGGCGACAUGGUGUAUAACCCAGACUACCAGAAGCCCAGUAGACUCGACAUGCUCCUCGACAUGCCGCCCACGUCCAAAGAUGUCCAAGUCAAUCAUUCAUGGAAUCCAGAUGAUCGUUCACUCAAUAUAUUUGUGAAGGAUGACGACAAAUUGACUUUCCACAGACAUCCCGUCGCACAGAGUACAGACUGUGUACGUGGUAAGGUGGGCUACACACGUGGUUUACAUGUGUGGGAAAUAGUGUGGAGUACACGACAACGCGGGACACAUGCAGUGGUUGGUGUGGGGACUAGUGAAGCACCCCUUCAUUGUGUAGGAUACCAGUCCUUGGUAGGCAGUAACUGUGAAUCAUGGGGCUGGGACCUUGGUCGUAACAAACUGUACCAUGACGUGAAAAAUAACCCAGGUGUUACAUACCCUAGUCUAUUAAACUCUGACGAGAACUUUGUCGUGCCCGAUAGCUUCCUUGUGGUGCUUGAUAUGGACGAGGGUACGUUAAGUUUUGUUGUAGAUGGACAAUACUUAGGUGUUGCAUUCAGAGGCCUCAAAGGAAAGAAACUUUAUCCCAUAGUCAGUGCUGUGUGGGGACAUUGUGAGAUCACCAUGCGGUAUAUAGGAGGGCUGGACCCUGAACCUUUACCACUGAUGGAUAUAAGUAGACGCAUCAUACGCCAUAACCUUGGUAAAAGCAGACUCCAUGAAAUUAACAAGCUUCCGUUACCAAAUUCUAUAAAGAAUUAUCUUCUCUAUCAAUCAUAGCAGGAAGUGUGAUCAGAGUUGUCCUCUCUUGGCUUUGUUGUGUUGCCGAACAGCCGUAUAGAAAAAUGUGACAGGAUUUCUGCCUCAACUUCAUCGUGAGGAAGGGCUGUCCUUGGAACUUGUCGUUUGACGGGAACACUCUGGCUUCUGUCUUGUAUGCUGUUAAAAUACAGUUCUCUGAAUACAAUAUGAUAAUAAUACUUUCAUAUGUCCUGUAUACGGAUCUCAAGGAAGCAUUUAUCUCUCUACCUUAAGUAUUCACACAGUUACAUGGCGCCAUGAUGAUCAUUCGGUGUGUAUGAAUGACUUCAAAAAAGUUUUAACAAGUAAAUUUUUAUUUUCAAAGCAUGUAGACAAGAUUAAUAUAGGUGGCCAUGGUUUAACAGUGGAUAAAACGGAACUACAUGAUCUCUUUAAUUUGAAUAGGGCCAAAUAUGAAAAACAUUGCCCUUUGCCCUUUGUGGCAUUUUUGCUGUGAUUAUUUGGCAAUAAACUUAGUCACUAGGAGAAGUUAAUGUUAUUAUGUGUAACAAACUUUACAAGCUUGCCCGUAAAUUUCAUCCAUUCAAAUGUGUUUUAGGUAUCAGAUAUAUCAUUGCAGUAAGACAGACAUUAUUGUGUAUGUUAAAAUCUGACAACUUUUUAAUGGUGGAAUUUUAAAUGCAAACGCAUGCAUUGAUUGCAAAACUUCAUUUACAUCAGUAAUUUUUUGACAGUUUUAUUAUUUUUUUUGAGGGGGGGGGGGGGUGUUAAAUUUUCUUUAUCAAAGUUAAAAAACAACAUUUUAAAAAAUAGAUGGAGAUGAAUUUACGGUUGUAACGUAAAUGAUUUUGUGCAUGGUUGCCUGAAUGUUUACGAUGAACUGUUUUUCAAAGGGAGACAACUGUGUUUUGGUGACUAAGAAUACCUGUAUUGGAAUUGUGAUGAUGAGAAGAUGGUAUUUAAAACCAAUUUUUUUCCAUGAGGAUGUUUGCAUGUAUGUAGUAUAUAUCUAGAGCGUGCGAUGUCUUUUAUAAAGAUUUUAAUUGUGAAAUGUCUUUAUUCAUCAUUAAUUUGUAUUUAUAUUUUUUUUUCUUCAAAGUUUGUUGUGAUGGAAGAAAAUAUGAACAUGAUAAGUAAUGUAUGGGCCAAGCAAUUAAUUAUCCAACUUAAUUACUGAUCAUUAGGUGUCCAUUGCUGUUGUUUAUGGCAUGUAUAAACAAAUAAAAUUGUCAUAGAUUGAAUUGGGAAUUAUAAAAGCUGAAAUCAUUUACUCCGGGUAAGUCCUACACUUCAGUUUUAAAAAUGACACCCCUUUGGCUAAUUCCUUCUAGGUUUUUUGACAAAUAUUUGAAAUAAUAAUCCUAAAAUAUAUGGUGAUCUUUCAACUAGUAAAAUACCUAAUUUGUGAUAAAAUGAUUGAUCACCAGAUUUUGUGCCAUACUCAAGUGUAGUAAUGGAACACAGCGUGAGUGGGCCGCCUAAUGAUGAAUGUCCGGAGAAUUUCCCGUGGAGUCGGGUUAUCUGCCGUCCAUAGUCAUUUGAUGUAUAUGUCAGUCUCUAUAUUCUAGCUCCAUAUUUUAAUUCACUUAUAUUUCCUAAGUAAUUAAACUUAAUUUGCAAUAUUGUUUGACAAGCCUUAUUCCACAGUAUUUUAACAUUAACUUGACCUCGGGUCUCCAUAUCUGAUGUUAGAUUAUUGGUAUUGUGUUCAGUCAGUAUAUAGAUUGUCAGUUAAUUUUUCUUUCGUAAGAAUCAACUAUAGCAUAAAUCUUAACAUAUGUGAUCAGACUGGAUACAGAAUUUCACACUCUGAAGUGUUAUGUAGUUUAAAUGAGGAAAGCAUUCAACAUACUUUUCUCAAGUUCACCUGUCCGUUAUAGAGUUAGUGAGACUGGCCUGUUUUUGAAGUUUGGACCAUCACUUUCCGACACCGGUAACAAGUGGCCUUAUUGUGGAUGGUAUGGUUCAUGGUCACCAGAUAUUGAUUAUUUCUGUGCACGUUUUGUUGACGGCGAUUGAUAAUAUCAUGAUCACAUGAAUGUUUGGUUGAAGAUGGUCGACAAGAUGGUGGGUUGAAUGCAUCAAUUUGACUAUAAUUCUGGUAUUGUCUGAAUGAUUCUGCUCUGCACGUGCUGUGUCAUUAUCAUUUAUGUUUCUCUAUUAUAUGAACGAAUCUCAAAAUAAAUCCAAAUGUUGUGUAGAAUGUUGGUUCCCUUACUGAAUACAUGUGUUUCCUCCAAUACUUCCAUUCAAUAAUUCCUCGGAUACUCCUGUCUAUACUUCCUCCAACACUUUUUUCAAAACCUGUUCAACACACAUCUUCACAUAUAGCUGACUGCUAAAAGCUGAAUUUUUUUCUAGGGUUUUUUUAUGACAGAAUGUUAAAAAGCUUUUUACUGAUAGAUAUCUUUUAAUGUCAUUAUGAAGCAAAUACCAUCAGAUUCUAAUAUUCAUGUGAUGAAAAGUUAGAGUUACUGGACCAAUCAUCAAGGACAAAUGUUCUGUCUCUUAAUUAACCGGUAAAUAUUUUGUUAUUAUAAGCAAGACGUCUCUUAAGUGUAUGAGCUAGAAUAAAGUUGCCAAACUUUUACCCAUAUACAUCUAUAAACAAAAUCAAAUGUUCCAGCUUAAGGUGUUAAAGGUGUUUCACAAAUAAAUAUCUUUGUUUUGCUGUUUUGCACAUUCUACCAAGGGCAACCAGCUGAAGUCCUCCUACCUUCAUUUUAUAGCAACAUUAGAAGUCAUCACUAUAAGCUAUUUUUGAGAAAUGUGGAGGAUCAAUACAUUGACAUGCUCCUUCAAUCCCAAGAGUCCAAUCUGAUUUUGGAAGUCAAAAACAAGUCUCCAAAGUCUACUAGAUGCCCUGCUACCCAUACAAACCAAUUUUGUAUACUAAAUUAUAAAGUGCUUGCCAUAAUAUCUUAGAAUUUAUAAUCAAGAAUUAAUUAGUAGAUCAAUAUCAAGGAAGCUCUGUUAGUGUAUUUUUCUCUGGUCAGAAUUAAGGACAGUAGAUCUAGAAUAAAGGAAACAUUUAAAUACUGUUUGUUUGAAAAUCAAUAUUUUUUCAGUAUCAAAAACAUACAAAUCAAUAUUUUUUCAGUAUCAAAAACAUACAAUUCUUAAUUGGAAAUUUCAUGUCUAAAUUCAACCCAAGGGUAUCUAUUAACCUAAAGUUGUGCUAAAUUAAGGAACAGAUGAUAGAUACAUGCAUAUUGCGUUCUGAAAACAUUGAAGGAUAAUUAUAAAAGGAUUAAAUUAUAUUGUAAUUUAUUGUUAUUUUAUCUCAGGUUUGUUGAUUCCUGUUUGGAAAAUGAAGCCAGGUUAAGGAUUUCAAUAGUUAUUUACCAUGGGAACAUUAGUGUAUCACUUAAAUUUGUCUCCAAAAGAUUUUAUUGUGACUAGGAACAUGAAAGUUUACAGAAACCAUGUUUUGAUGCCUGAUUUUUUUUUCUUUUCUUUUACAAAUCGCUCAUAAAAAGAAAAUUCUAUGUAGCAAUCUGCAUUAAUUAUUGUGGUAUGUCGAUCACUUUCGCAAUAGACAUCUGUUCAGAGUACUAUUUAUGUUGACAAGUUUUAUGGUCCAUUCACUAUGCAUUGGUAGAAAGUUGAUCUUGUAAGUCUCAAACAUUUUGUUAUCCUGCUCAACUCUUAACAAUAUUUGGGGGAGAUUAUUUUCACUAUUUUAAUUUUAAAGAGCUGUGGAAACUUUAUUCGAUACCUCUUACAUAUUUACAUUGGAUGUUGUGUGGAUGGAUGAUAACAAGUUUUGUUGUUCAUUCUGCAAAUUUAAGUCCCUGUAAAGAAAUGUGAAAAUAACUGUAGAGAAAAUUUAGAUAUUAUAGUAUUUUGAAGUUAUUGUAAAAACUGAGUUAAAAACAGAAUGGAGGGAAUUUUUUUUCUGAACUUUGCACAGUCAGGACGUGACAUAUAUUGGAAGGGUGUGAUGGAUAUGAAGAUACGGUUUUAUUGUAUUAAAACUGCUGAUUAUUUGUUGUUACUUUUUGUCACUUUGAGAAAUUUAUGUAAAGAUCCUUAAAAAUCAGUGCCUAUUAAAGCUCUUCUGUUUUCAUCUCCACCUAUGUUUUAACAUGAAGUAUGGCUUUUCGCUUCUUUUCAAACAUACAUUUUAUAAAGAUAUGAUAUUGUCAUGUACAGUAAUGCUAGUCAACAGCGGAAGUUCAAAAAAACUUAUCUUAGCUGUUUUCACCAUCCUUCCUUAAUCAGAGUUGAUUAGAUUUUCUGUUUGUGGACAGAUUAGUGUUUGUUAAUCUGACAUGCUGAGAGAAGCACAGACAAGUUUGGAGAGGACAUUGAUGAGAUUUCAAUCACACACAUGUUUCAUGCUCAUGAUUUUAAGUAUGUGGCUUAUUUUUAAGUAAUACGUGUUUGUCACUAUGACAUGUGAAUGAAUUCACACCAUAAAUUAUACAUUGACCUAAAGCCAUUUGUUUUGUAGGGUAAAAUACAAGCAAGUGCUGUUUUGAUAAACAACAAAACUGUUUUUAUUGAAAUGUUGGGUCAAGAUGAUAUUUUCCGUUUUAUGUAUGAUUUAGAUAUUAAUAUAUAUGUAGACUUAUUUUAAUUUUGUAAUGGCCAAGGACAUUUGGCAGUGUAAUUAAGGUGUUUUAACAACAUGUGAUAUACAUAACCAUAAUUUAUUAAGUAAGUGUUUUAUGUCUUUCCCCAUGUAAAAACCUUUUUAACAAUACCGCUUGGGUGUCUGUUUAUGUGUUUUAGUGAUUUUGUUUGCACACACAACUAGUCAUGUUCAAUCAAACCUGAAGUGGUGUCAGUAUAUUAUAACAGAAUAUUAUUUAACAGAUAUCAGAUUACUUUUACGUGUAAAUUUUAAUCAAGUAUGUGCCAGAUUUACUGAAGUUUAAUAUAUAAAAACAACAUUUAACUAUUGGGGCUAUGUUCAGUGCCUAUGUCUCUUUUUUUCCUCCAAACCACCAGGAAUGGAAACAUUUUCUGUUUAACUCAUAAAGCGUAAGAAUUAGUGCUGAAAAAAAACAUGUACAAAUAUCACAAUAAAGGUGACAGGUUUUACUUAUUUUGUUGGGGAAGAUUAUAAUAGCUUUAGUUAUAGUGAUGGAGAAGGGAGGUAACUCUUCAACUCUUGAUGAAAUAAGUUGAUUGAAUUAACUUUGCUCAACUUUAUAUAAAAAAAUUGAUGAGAUCAGUAUUCUGUAUGAUUAGUUUCUUCAUCCAUAAAAUAUUUACAUAUUAGCAAUAUUGAUGGCUGUCCACAUGAAACAAUACAAGCCACUUUUGAAUUAAAAACUGCCCCAUAAUCACCUUCCCAUUGAGAACUUGUGAGACUGUAUUUUGUGUAAGGUUCCGAUCUCAUGUGUACACGUGAGUCUGAUGGUGGUUUAUCAGUUCCCCCCCCACUCUCAGCUUUACAUGUGUUCAGUUGCCUGUACCUGUAGUAUUAUUAUCAUUUGGAAUGAGAAGGGUUUCAUCAUCAGUGUAUAUAAUCAUUCAGGUUGUCAGCUUGCAUUUAAAUGGGAAUUAUAUAUACGUGUGUGUAUAUGCUGUAUAAUGCGUGUGGUAUGUGUAAAAAUGAUUAUAAACUCACUACAUCUUGUCAUAGUUCAGCUGUGAAUGACAGCGAUUUGAAAAAAAAUAUCAUAGAAAUCAUUGGAUAUCCUUGUGAUAACAUUAUUGUUAAAAUAUAACUUUGCAAUAUCAAUAUUUUGCCUUUAUCAAGGGCAAAUAAAGCAUGACCUUUCUUUAGAAUUUACUUUAAGGAUCCUCAUUUUUCUGAUUUUAAAUGAAAUUAAUUGUUGGCUUGUUUACCUUGUCAUCAAGAAUUGCCUGUAACACUGGCCAAGGUGCUUUUCCUUCUGAAACUUUCACACAUGGGAUUUUUCCUUAUCCUGAUGUCUAGUAGACUAUCAAUGUUGUUCCUUUAUAUUUUAAAAUAGAAAAUGAUUUUUUUUAUCCUUUUUACAAAAUAGUUAGUUUUAAUUCUAAACUUCUAUUACUGCAUCUUAAGGUUUUGAUAUAAAACAAAAUCAACAAAUGUUUUAUGGGACCAGGUCUAGAAUUUUUGUUUAAUUUGCUUAUUUAAAAAAAACAACAUUGUUUUUAUCUGGUAUAAAGUUGAUCAGGACCAAGAUGGACUUCAGUGUUUUAAAAUUGUAAUUUUCAGGUUUUAAUGAAAUAAAGCUUAAUGUUUUAAUUACAACAAAAGUAUAUAAUGUGAAUUGAAUUUCAGUAUUUUAAUAUUUUUUUUGUCUCAUGCUUUUAAUUGGGAGAAAACUGAGAUGAGAGAGUGUAAACAUGUUUUGCUAUUGGUGUACAAUCUAACAUGUCAGGGUUAUAUAUGUUGGUGUGAUGACAUACAAGUACAGGUUUCUUGCUCAAAUCUCCUAUAUAAUUGAUUCUGUGUAGGGUAUUUCCCUCUCAGGAACAAUUAGAUAGGGAAUCUAUCUCUUAACGAAAAACUUCAUUAUUUAAACUCACAAUUUGAAUUUGCAAAAUUAUAAUUGAGACUUGUGGUUAUACAUGUAUCUUAGUGAACUUGGUUAUACAUGUAUCUUAGUGAACUUGGUUAUACAUGUAUCUUAGUGAACUUGGUUAUACAUGUAUCUUGGUGAACUUGGUUAUACAUGUAUCUUAGUGAACUUGGUUAUACAUGUAUCUUAGUUAUAUUGGAUGAAGCCCGCAGCUGUUUGAUCUUCCCCUAUAGGAGUAUAUCCAUUGAAUCAGAGGCGUGUACUUGAGCAGACUACCUGUACUUGUAUGUGUGAUGAUUUGUGUUAGGACAACACUUGGAUGAAUGUGGUGCUAGUUGUGUACUAUUGCUGGUCAAACUCGGGUCCUCCCCAGCAUCCAGUUACCGGUCUUGUCGACUUCAAAUUCAUGUACUUAAUGAGCAAUUAAGAUUUACUUUAAACCUUUUUGACAUUUUCAGUGAUGAUAAUUAUUACACUUUAUGGUAUUUAAUAAUUAAUGACCUUCUGAAUAAAGAUAUGACCUUUCUGACUUUUACCUUUUUAUAUGAUGAAUGAUCUACUUCGUAUCAGCGUUUAUUUCUGAACUUACCAUAGUGACCUUGAGGAUGAAAUAAUUGACCUAAAUGGUAACCUUGGUGAUGACCUUGAGUCUGACCAUCAGUGGUAUUCUUAUGUAUUUGUGUGAGAAUGAUAUUUUGUGAAGUGAUUCAUACAUAGUUUUUGUGCAUGUUUAAAUGCCAAGAACAUCUUCAUGUAUUUUUUUUUCAUUGUAAAGCAGUGGUUGUAAUAAUUCUAGCCAAAUAAAUUUAAAUGACCAGAAUUUA